AUGGAUUCAAGAACGAAACUAUUUCAUUGUGAUGUUUGUAGCACUGAUUGUACAAAUAGAAUUCGAAUUCAAUGUGCAAUAUGUACCGAUUAUGAUUUGUGUGUACCGUGUUUUGCAGCUGGUUUGACCACAGGGGAUCAUAAACCAUGGCACGACUAUCAGAUUAUUGAACAAAACACGUAUCCGAUAUUUGAUCGAGAGUGGGGUGCAGACGAAGAGUUGCUAUUAAUUCAAGGAUGUGAAACAUUUGGAUUGGGAAAUUGGGCAGAUAUUGCUGAUCAUAUUGGUAAUCGAUCGAAGGAAGAAGUUGCUCAACAUUACUAUAAAAUAUAUCUUGAAAGUAAGGACUAUCCUUUACCAGAAAUGAACAAAAAUUUUACAGAUGUGUCGCCCCUACAAUUCUUGGAAGAAAGGAAAAAGAGAUUGGAAAAGAGAAAGAAUAUGCCAUUACCACCACCUAAGGGUAAACCUGUCGCUUCAGUUCCUUUGUGUCACGAAAUUCAAGGCUAUAUGCCUGGUAGAUUAGAAUUUGAUCAUGAAGCAGAAAAUGAAGCUGAAGUACCAAUCAAAGAUAUGAUUUUUGAUCCUGAAGAUCUGGCAAACGAUAUUGAUUUGAAAUUGACAAUAUUAGAUAUUUACAAUUCAAGGUUGACUACUAGAGCAGAACGUAAAAGAGUGAUGAUUUUGAAUAAUUUAUUAGAUUACAGAAAGAAUAUAAGUUCUGACAAGAGAAAGUCAAAGGAAGAAAAGGAUUUGUUGAAGAAAAUAAAUGCUUACAUUAGAAUUCUUACCCCAGAUGAUUUUGAUUCUUUUUGUCGUGAUUUGUUGACUGAAUUGAAAUGUCGUAUGAAAAUACAACAAUUACAAACUUGGAGACGAAACGGGAUCACAACGCUUGAUGAUGGAGCAAAAUUUGAGAAAGACAAAGUUAUCAGAGCGGCCCAUUAUCAAAGAAUGGGUAAUGGUUCUUUAACGGGAAGACAUUCGCUGACACCUGGAUUAACAAAUGGAAGUGGUAUGAAUGGAAACGGACACAGGAACAAGUUUUCUCCACAACCAGAAUUCAAACCAAAGGCUUCUGCUACAAGAGCUCCACUUGAUAUCAGCCACGCAGCAGAUUUCGAAUUGUUAUCAGCUGAAGAAAAGCAACUAUGUGCAACAUUAAGAAUCCUACCGAAACCGUACUUGGCUAUUAAAAACCAACUAAUGAAAGAAGCUGUAAAGAACAAUGGUAUAUUGAAGAAGAAAGAUGCAAGACAGGUGUUGAAAAUUGAUGUUAACAAAGCAUCUAAGAUUUAUGAAUUCUUUGUUCACAUGGGAUGGUGUUCGCAGGGGUAG